AUGUCUGCGCGUAUGCUGAAGAAGCUGCAGGGCGACGCUGACAAGCUGCCGCCGCCGCCCGACGACGAAGAGGGCGAGGAAUUGAGUGACAAUGACGAGCUGGAGGACUACAAUACUGUCAGAGAUCGCAAAUCGCAUUUAAAUCCAUUUGAUCUGUUGAAUCAGCCCGGCCUGAGUCUCUCGGAGAGCGAGUUCAAGGAGGAUGACAACGAAACGGAGCAUCCGUCGGCUGCUUUGCCGAACGCCAGUGCCGCUGCCAAAAAGAAGAAAAAGAAGCGCAAGAAGAAAGUCAAGUCCAGCGGUAAUCACAUCAGCAGCGAGGACAACGAGCGGCAGGACAAGUACUUCGAGAAGGAUCCAUUGUUGGGCAAAGUCUACGAUGCAGUGCCCAGGCAAUCGGUAAAGCAGCAGGCAGCAGCUGCUGGAGCUCCUGGCGGUUCGGCAACCAAGAAGCUGCUUAGCGUGGAGCUGCGACACCUUAAUUCGCACAACGAGAUGCGUCGGACCUUCGGCAAGCGGGUGGUCAAAGUAGAAACCAAGCGUGGCCGCCAGAAGCCCACUCUGAAGUCUACUUAUAUGGUGACAGCCAGGGAGUCCUGGCCACAGCUCACCAAGAACACCAUCACGAUGCAACUGCUCCCGACAAUCGAAUUACCCGGUUCCUCAAUGUCCACGAAGAGCAGCAGCAGCAACGAUGCAGUGCAGUGGUUUGCGUUCGAGCAUAGCCAGUACUACCAGGGAGUGCAGCACAUGUUCCUUUCUGCCCUGGAGCGCAUCGAUUCGGAGUUUCUGAUCACGCUUAUUAAGCGCUGCCCCUACCACGUGGACUCGCUAGUCCAGCUGAGCGAGGUCUGCAAGAUGACCGAGGACUUUGCCCUGGCCGCGGAGCUGCUGGAGCGCGCUCUCCUUCUGCUGGAGUCGUCGCUGCACAUUAACUUCAGCCUGACAUCGGGCAACUGCCGUCUGGACUACCGUCGCCAGGAGAACCGCUCAUUCUACAUUGUGCUCUUCAAGCAUGCCCAAUAUCUGGAAGAGCGUGCAUGCAGCCGCACAGCGUUUGAGAUCUCAAAGCUGCUGCUGAGCCUCCAGCCAGAAACGGAUCCGCUGGCCAUGAUUCUGGUCAUCGACUACUACGCCCUGAGGAGCAAACAGUUUGGCUGGCUGGUGGAGUUCUAUGAGGAGUACAAUGUCGCCCGGAACCUGUCGCAGCUCCCCAACAUGGCCUACUCCUACGCCCUGGCCCUGUACACACUGCACGGCGCUUGUGAUCGCUCCAACGAUGCUCUGCAGUAUGCACUCCUUAUGUUUCCGGCUGUGUUGAGGCCACUCCUGGACGAGAUGUCGGUGCAAACGGACAAGCGCGUGCUGGCCUCGUCAUAUUUCUUCUCGGAUGUGUCGGGAAAUCAAUCGCCCGCCUUGCACCAGCUUGUGUGCUUGUAUGUGUGCCGUGCUCGAGUCGUUUGGCGUUCGACCGAGGUGCUGCCGUGGCUGGAGUCCAAUGUCAACAUCGUACUCGAUCGCAUCGAAAACAAAGACCCUGUUGUUAGUGAAUACAAAGAGAAACGGUCCGUACGCUAUGGCGGCACACCGCCACGACCCAUUUUGCGGCAUGUGAUACUCUCCGACUACAAGGAGAAGGUUCCCCUGGCCGUCUUUGUGGCCAAGGAGAAGCAGGCGAUUAUGACCUACGAUCCACUGCCACCACCAGACAGUGUCAAUUGCUAUCAACAAAAGUCUUCAUCCAGCAGCAGUCCCACAAACAACCCCAGCAACUCCGUAUCUAUGUUUUUCCAAUCCCUCUUGCCAUCGUUCAACAUUGCGGCAGUUCAACAACAGGCCCAGGUUGCAGGAGUUGGAGCAGCAGCAGCCCUACCGCCAGCUGAGGCUGCGGCCGCAGCAGCAGUUGCAGAACAGCUGGCCAGGCCAGCCAACGGCGAAGCCGAAGAAGUUGGCCUGCAGCAAUCGCUCACUAUGAUAAUGGAUGCCAUGCGGGACUUUCUGCAGAACUUUCGUGUUGCGGAGCAUCUCCGAUCCCCGGAAACGGCUGCCGCUCAGUCGAACAGCAGCAACGACGAGGAGGAGGGCUCCAGCGACUAUGUGGACUAGUCAAUUAUUCAAAAGUCAUAGUUUGAAAACGUUUUUUGGAAACUCCGAACCUUUUUAGUAUAUUCCCAUCAGCUAAAUCGACACCGUCACAAAAUUUAUAUAUGAUAUGAAAGGAUAUAUAUAUAUAUAUAUAUAUUAGAUCAAUUUAAACGAACACACACAAAAGACACACAUAUACAGAGCAUGUGAACAAUGCAUUGAAUAAAACUUUUCCAGUACAAGCUUCCAGGUCAAAAAGGAGCCACGUUUUGAGCUUAAA